GCUGGGAUCAAGGUUUCAAUGCAGUCUUCCAACCCCAGUCCAACUCUCUCUCUCGCCCUUUUCUCGCCCAUCUUCCAUCUUCGCCCAGUUCCAGUCCUCGCAGGCCGGGAGAAAAAGAAGAGAAGCAAACCAAAAAUUAAGCCACCGAGCGUCUCUUGCGGCUGCCUAAACGCCACAAUAUACUUCCCAUCACUCAAGACCAAGCAAAAUAAUCGAUGCACUUUUUGCUUUCUUUGCACUCACCAUGCGAGAACCUCUACUUCUUUUCUUCUCAUCCUUCCAUUAUAUAUUAUUAUGUGGAUUUGGUUUUGGUUGGGCAUGCGACGAUGGAUCCGAUGCUGCCACCCACCAUCGCCCUCAUAGCUUGGGAUCGCCCCCAACUUCGCUUGCCAAGCGUCAGCACCGUUAUCCCCGAGCCAGGCCAGGCCAGGCCAGCCUACCACUUACUCACUAUCGAUGCCAUCACGAUAUCAGCAAAAAGGGUUACAGUACGGUACGGUACGGUACGGUACGGUACAGUACUCAUUACACCACGAAUCCACUAUCCACUACUACCACCCACAAUGAUUCUCCGAGCCUCGUUCACCCCUCCUCCAUCACCAUGGAAUCAUUUUCAUCCACCAGAUCUCCAUUCUUAUCCUGCCCCGCAUCGUAUCUCAAACCGCGACGCGACGACAUGAGAAAUGAUUGGAGGUCUUUGGGCCGCUCUCAAGCGCUUGGGGUCAAGGCUCUUGAUGUCAUUCACGUGUAAAUCUUUUCAGGCCGAGAACCCAUGAGGCUGACGACCUCGAAGCCGAGGAUAUGUCGCGCAUACGAGUAGGUUACCCUUGUCAAGGUAAAGUUGUGUACUCGGACGAUGCACCAAUUAAUUCUCUUGUGCGCUUGUUUCGUCCCAGCAGUUCAUCAUGACU